CAUGCCAGAGCUCAAACCGCUUCUUCUCGCCGCACAUUGGGGGCGAGGAUUUUGUGGUUGCGUACGCUUUGUGUCUUUUCCCAUUCAUCAGUUCUCGGCUGUUGCUGGACGUAGCGAGACACGGUUCUCCACUCACGGUUCAAGUUCAAGCGCUCUCUGCGGCAGGCAGUGAAAACGGUUUCGUUGUGUGGCGUGCAUUCGCGGUUUGUUGCGCGGUUUUUCGGACGAAGAAACCAAGUGGUAGUGCAUUGCAGUGCUGCUCUAGUGAAUUUUUGGUGGUGCGGUGUAAGGGUGGGGUAGUGGUACAGUGGUACAGUGGUAAAACGCCCAUCAGGCUAAAUGCGGUUAUCCUGAACUUGAACUGCGAUCGAACAGUCCGCCAACGACAACGUAAGGAGAAAGCUCCCAGUCCAGCCGCCGCCUCAUCACCCGGGCAAGUGACACGAUUUUGCGACUCCCGUUGGCAAACCGCAAGGGGUUCGUCGUCGAUUGUGCCGGAUUUUGUCGGGACGAUCGAAGGAAGAUCGGAAGAUUGACUGAGAUAGUGGCAUUUGGGGCGGAACGUAUGUCCUAAUUUAACACUAGUGGAGCUGACUGACUCGACAUUACGAAAUGCCAACUCAGUUCCUGGUGAAAAUUGAAAUAGUGGUUAGCGAAGUGAGCCCAUCCGCGCAUUUGUGUCAGUGAUAACGCCGCCAAUUCAUCCAUCCAUCCUUCCGUCGGAAAAACGCACAACUGAAUCACGCGCGGAAGAGUUGUUAUGUACCUAUCUAUAUCAUAAUCUCGUGGCAGUUAGUUGACCGUCAAAUGAACUUACCCGUAUGACUAAUAAUCGAUUGUGUUAAUAAAGCGCGACAGUGAAGAAAGAUUGUAAAUGAAAGAGUCGUGAAAAUAGUUGAUAUUCUGAAGGUGUGCACGACGUGUCCUCGCGCGAUCGCAAAUUGCCGUGAGUAAUCCGCGAUAUCGUGUGCAAACGGUACCAACCAACGCGCGCAAUUGACGAGUUUGACUGAUCCACCGAAAAAAAGCCUUCAAAAUUGCUCCCAAAACGUCGUUCCGAAUGCAUUUGCCCAGCGGUGGACCAACAGCAAUCACAUCGAGUGGCACCGCUAGCAGCAAUAACGUGAACGCGACACCGACGGCCGCCGCUGCGACCGAUUGGGACUCCCUUGUGUACAAGGGCGACGGGGAGAUGCUGGAGCCACCCGCCGGAAGUAACAACAAUGCGGAAAAUAGUUCCCCCAGUCCGGGGGGAUCCGGUGACAUGUGGUGGCUGGAGCGGAUGGUGCUGGAAGCGCAGCAGGAAUAUCCGGGAGAACUAGUUCGAACCGGUAGUCCGUACUUCCUCUGCUCGGCGCUGCCAAAUCACUGGCGAUCGAACAAGACGCUUCCGAGCGCCUUCAAAGUGGUCUCCCUCGGAGACGUCUGCGACGGGACGAUGGUGACGAUUCGGGCCGGUAACGAUGAAAAUUUUUGUUCCGAACUGCGAAACUGCACAGCUGUGAUGAGGAAUCAGGUGGCCAAAUUCAACGACCUCCGGUUCGUGGGACGAAGCGGACGAGGGAAAAGCUUUACGCUGACAAUAACCGUUUCUACAACACCUCCCCAAGUGACAACCUACGGAAAGGCGAUUAAAGUUACCGUAGAUGGACCACGGGAACCCCGCUCGAAGACCAAUAUGCCUCAACUGCGACCUCCACCUCUGCACCGGUUUCUCGAGCAGCCCGCCUUCAGCCACUUCCCGGCCCGGUUCAACGCCAGCUCCGGCAAGGGUUCCCUCAAUUCUUACAGUCCAAGUACAAAUCAUCACCACGGCAGCAACAGUGGCAGUUCCAGUUUGAACACCAGUGUCGAGUCGUCCAGCGAUUACAAGCCGAACAUUACCCUGCCAGAUUACAGCAACGCGACAGAUUGGCCUAAUGGACUAAAUGCUUCCUCAUCGUCGGCUUAUGUCAGCAACUAUUCGCCAAUGCAAACGACGCCGCCUUCCUACGCUGGGUACGAUCCAUGCCCGAUGGCAGAACACCCGAACUACAAUCUUCCAACAGUUCUUCCAGAUUCAGCACAAACUUACCAGGACUAUUACAGCCUUCCACCGGCUUCCAGUACGACACCCCACCAAACAAUGGCACAUGGGUACGUUUCGAAGACGACGGAUUUGGACGGUUCCUACGGACCCUACAGCCAGUGGGCCAACGGCUACGGAAGCUAUCAGUAUAACUCCGCCUGCCCACCACCGUUGCCACCGCCACAAUCGCAAUACCCACCGGCAACACCGGCGAUGGUUUUGUGUCCGCAAAUGUUCAGCACCGUUAAUCAGAACCAAAUUCACGUGCACCUGCACGGAACGGGUAGUGAAAAGUUAGAGCAGUAUCUUGGCGGCACGGAGAAUGGGUUUACUAUCAAUCCUAUUCCCCCGGGUGGUGUUGGAAGCAGAACGUCGGCUUCCGCUGUUGAAAUCGGUAUCGGAACUCACGACAACAGUUUGAUGAGUCACGACGGAAAUCAGCAACCACCGCAGCAGCAACAUUCCGGUGACGUCGUCAGUGAUCCUCAGGAAACCCGCGAGGAAUCGGUUACCGGUGAUCCGAGCAGCGUUUGGCGGCCCUACUGAUGCUACGAGUUCUAAUUUAGACUGAUUCGAGAAUGAUUUCAUUAUUUAGAGGUGGCAUAUAUUUUCACUAUGCCAUGACGGAACGAUAAGAAGAAGUACCGAUCGCUCAAACUUCUUUGGUUUUAGACGUACACGUACUCUCACUCUCUCUAGUAGGUUAUUUAUCUAGAAUAAUUUAAAUAAAUUCUGUUCCCAGCGACAGAUUUUGGUUAUCUGAAGAAGUCUACAUCCAUAUCAAUGAACAAAAUGCAACAAAUUAAUGUAACCUGUCUUCUGUAGGAAAAAAAUGUAUAUGGUAGAAAAUAUGAAAAACCUAGACUCUAGAGCACAGUAGUUGAACGUUGAAUU